AGCUUGUUGCUGUUGUACUUGUCAUUCAGACAUCCCAGGAAUUCAACACGACAAGGAACAAGCCAGCUCGGCACAACAAGGACAUUUUAAGUUAAACUCUCGCCCUUGACGCCCAGUAAGGUCAAGGAAAUAUCGUUUGUUGUCAGAAUAGGAAAAGUGUCGAGGAAGGCGGCAGAUACAGACUGUGCAGAACGCAGAUGUGAGGUCAGACCACUGCCAUCCUUUUCUGCAACCCUGGACUGAGUGACAUCUUCUUCAUCCCCUUCAUCGUCAUCAUACAUGCUCUUACAUGAAGAGAGGGGAGAAACCCGAAGGAUACAGGCAGAUGAGACCCAAAACAUUUCCCACCAGUAACUACAGUGGCAACAGCCAACAGAUGCUGCAGGAAAUACGGAACAGCCUGCGUAACUUGUCCAAACCCUCUGACCCACCUAAAGUGGAAAUAGGUGGAGCUGGGAAAAUGCUUCCUGAGGACCCAAGGCAACAGGGGCGCUGCAGCAACCCAAAAAACCCGUACCAUAAGGCUUUACAGGAGAUCCGCAAAUCCCUGAUGCCUUUUGCCAAUGAGCCCAACACUUCAGGCCCUGAUGUGAACAAACACAUGUCGCAGGAACCACCAUUUGUUGGCUUUGAGGAGAGCAAUAUUCGCAGUGUGGGGGCAGAUUACAUGGGUAAGGUGAGCUACCAGGACUCGAUGAGGGAACAGAUGGCUGCUUCCAAUCCCAACGCUACAGGUCUGAAAGCCCAAGGAGCUCCACAUAUCCAGCAGGCUGUGCUGAGGAGGCCGAGCUGGAAAGGCUCGAAGGAGUCUUUGGCUCCUCGACAUGUUCCUCUCAUGGUGGAUGGAAUGAUGUACCGCUCAGACAGCCCUGGACCACCUCCCGCCUUCCCACAGGGUCACCCUGCCAACAGCCAGAGAGUCAAUCCUCCACUGCCGCCUCAGGUGCGCAGUGUCACACCUCCACCAAGCCGCGGUGCCAUGCCUCCUGCACCAUCCUGGGAUAGCAACCCAUCAACCAAGCGCUACUCUGGCAACAUGGACUACCUUGUGCCCCGCAUCUCUCCUGUACCCCAGGGGGCCUGGCCUGAUGGCUACCAAGCUGCAGCACCUCAGAAUCAGCGUGGGAUCAGCCCAGUGCCUAUGGGCCAUCAGCCCAUCAUAAUGCAAGCCUCCGGGGGGAAUAAGUUCACCUUCCCCUCUAGCUGGUCACAGAGUGGCUCCCCACAGACAGACUACAUGACCGGAGGCAGCAGACAGCCUCCUCCCCCAUACCCAGUCAAUCAGAGCAGCCGCCACAGUCCCACUGACCAGAUGCAGGCAGGAGGACCUGCGUCAUCUCCCUCUUACAUCAACGGUGGAAACAUCCCUCAGUCCAUGAUGGUCCCCAACCGGAAUAGUCACAACCUUGACAUGUACAACAUAGGUCCUUCUCAGUCCUGGCCUCAGGCUCCUCUGGCUCCCAACCAGCCCCAGUCUUCCUCUGGCAACAGCAGCAAUCAGGAUCUGUCCCCAUCAUGGCAGCACAACAUGCCAGUUCGCUCUAACUCCUUCAACAACCACCAGCUGAAUGGCAGACAGGCCCACCCUGCCAGUUCCCAGCCCUCUGCCACCACGGUCACUGCCAUCACCCAGGCCCCUAUCCUGCAGCCAGUCAAAAGCAUGCGUGUCCAGAAACCUGAGUUACACACCGCUGUCGCUCCCACACACCCUCCGUGGAUGCAGCAGGCUCCACCCCCUCCAGCUGCACCUACUUACCAAGAGCCCCCAGCCCCUGUACCUCAGAUCCCUGUUGUCGCAGAAGUCCCCAGCUACCAGGGCCCCCCUCCACCCUAUCCUAAACAUCUCCUCCAGCAGCAGGCUGCACCCUCCCCCCCUGCCUACGACCCAGGGGUCAAUAAGCUUGGCACAGGUAGAGAGGAGCCCGCUGAAGAGGAGAGCAGCAGCGGUGACGGCUCCCGAGACAAGCCAACAGAAACCCCUGAAAGCACCACAGCGACAGAGAAGGAGAAGAAGCAAAUCACAACAUCGCCCGUUCCUGUCCGCCGCAACAAGAGGGAUGAAGAGCGGAGAGGGGAGUGUGGGAGAGUUGCGCUGUACUCCCCGCAGGCCUUCAAGUUCUUCAUGGAGCAACAUGUGGAGAAUAUCCUAAAGAACCAUCAGCAGAGGAUUCGUCGGAGAAAGCAGCUGGAAAGUGAAAUGAAUAGGGUGGGUUUGUCUUCAGAAGCUCAGGAGCAGAUGCGGAUGAUGCUCUGCCAGAAAGAGUCCAACUACAUACGGCUAAAGCGGGCCAAGAUGGAUAAAUCUAUGUUCAAACGAAUCAAGACCCUUGGCAUCGGAGCAUUUGGUGAGGUGUGCUUGGCUAGAAAAGAGGACACAGGAGCGCUGUACGCCAUGAAAACGCUCCGGAAGAAGGAUGUGCUGCUGAGAAACCAGGUGGCCCACGUCAAGGCAGAGAGGGACAUCCUGGCUGAGGCUGACAACGAGUGGGUGGUGCGUCUGUACUACUCUUUCCAAGAUAAGGACAACCUGUACUUUGUCAUGGAGUACAUACCUGGAGGGGACAUGAUGAGCCUUCUCAUCCGACUCGGCAUCUUUAAAGAAGAGCUGGCUCAGUUCUACAUCGCAGAGCUCACCUGCGCUGUGGAGAGUGUCCACAAGAUGGGCUUCAUUCACCGAGACAUCAAGCCUGAUAACAUCCUCAUAGACCGAGAUGGACACAUAAAGCUGACCGACUUCGGCCUUUGCACCGGCUUCCGCUGGACACACGACUCCAAGUAUUACCAGAGUGGUGACCAUGUGAGGCAGGACAGCAUGGACUUCAGUAAGGAAUGGGAAGAUCCAGCCAACUGCCGCUGCUCAGACCGCCUGAAACCUCUGGAGAGGAGAAAGGCCCGGCAGCACCAGCGCUGUUUGGCACAUUCACUGGUGGGGACGCCCAACUAUAUCGCACCAGAAGUGCUGCUGCGAACAGGAUACACCCAGCUCUGUGAUUGGUGGAGUGUUGGUGUGAUCUUGUAUGAGAUGGUAGUCGGACAGCCCCCCUUCUUAGCGACCACACCCCUGGAGACACAGCUGAAGGUGAUAAACUGGAAGAGCAUGCUGCACAUUCCCCCGCCAGCCAAGCUCAGCCCAGAGGCGUCAGAUCUUAUAGUCAAGUUGUGCCGCGGCCCAGAGGACCGGCUCGGCCAUAAUGGCGCCGACGAAAUCAAAGCUCAUCCUUUCUUCAAGACCAUCGACUUCUCAAGCGACCUGCGGCAGCAGGUGGCACCCUACAUCCCAACCAUUGCCCACUCCACAGACACCUCCAACUUCGACCCUGUGGACCCAGAUAAACUGUGGAGCAGCGACAGUGACGGCGAGGACAACCUCAACGACACCCUCAACGGCUGGUUCCGCAAUGGCAAACAUCCGGAACACGCAUUCUACGAGUUCACCUUCCGCCGCUUCUUCGACGACAACGGCCACCCGUACAGCUGCCCCAAACCUAUCGAGUACGAGGGUUAUGACGGGGACGAGGCGGACUCAGAAGGCCCGGCGCAGGAGGCAGCCAGCAGCUCAGCCAAUCAGGGCAGAGACCUGGUCUACGUGUAGGACUGAGGACUGAGCUGCUUGUACAUAACGAGUUCAUGGAGGGUGUUUUUGUGUGUGUGUGUGUGUGUGUGUGUGUGUGUGUGUGUGUGUGUGUGUGUGUGUGCGUGAGAAGGGGAUUUAAAUCCUGGAACAUAGGAACAUAUGUUUGUAGGAGUCAGAAUACUCAACAGCAAACAGUCACACUACAAGUUAAAGGAAAAAUUAUGGGACAACACGCUGAUUUCCUUUCUUGCCAAAGUAAAGAUUAGAAGGUCAGCGGUACUUAUGUUUGUACGGUAAAUAUAAAGCUACAGCCAGCAGCAGCUUAGCCGAGCAAAAACACUGGAAAUGAUUCCUUUUCAAGAGUCACUGGUCAACAAGAUAAUUUGUCCAAACAGCAACCAGGAAGAGACAGUAAGAUAAGAUACAAGAAAGACUCUCUGUACUUAAACUGAAUAAUUCAUCAAAAUAUUGCAAUAUGGCCGAAUGCAACAUAGAAAUAUAAAUGAAGCACUGCAGUGGCCCUCAAGUCAUAUCCUCCACACAGAAGGGAACAUGAACGUUCGGUACAAACAACAGCGAAAAUCACCAGGUGUUGAUAGGAAAUGAUCCUUUUAAAAUCCUUUUCAGCGAUAGUGCAAAAUUUAGGAUUACAGAUUUCAAAUAGCAUUUAUUUGAAAACCUAACAGCACUGUGAACUGGUUGUACUUUGACUAUUACACACUUUUUAAUCAUGAAGAGAUUUCUUAUAGAAGACAUCUGUUUUUUUACAGGCUACCUGUUUCCCCAUUCCCAGUCUUUAUGUUAAGCUAAGCUCAGAUGUGUUCCACCUCUGUGUUUACCGUACAGACAUGAAGUGGCAUCAGUCUGUUGGCAAGAAAGAAAAAUCCCCCUAAAUUGUUCUUUCCUUUAACAUUUCCUUUAAUGCAUGAAAGGUACACUGUAGCAUGUGUUCAGAGGAAGCAGAAAAAAAUCAGGGUGCUGUCCUUGAAGACUUAUUCCCCCCCCCCCUUAAAGCCUUAAUUUAUUUAAGAAACUAUAACUGGUGAUACUAGUGUAGAUGCUGUUUGAGUGUGGGAACUUGUUGUUGGAAUUACAUUUUAAUGGUUAAAAAAAAAAAAAACGUCUUAAUUUAUAUUUUCAUGUCUGUUGCAAUGGGGAUUUAGUGUCGUGACUUGUAGAAAUUUGCAGGGAUAAAUUGCUCUAAUUAUUCAUUGCUGUGCCUUUUUCUUGAUCUUUUUUCACCAAAUAUACAGAGGGUUAAUAAUCAGACUGGCAUUUUAAAUGAGAGUAGCAGUAGCUGAUUGAACUACAGUAGCUUUUUGUUGUUUUAUUUUUCUAAUUUAUACCUAAAAUGUAUUUAUAAAUUAAGUUGUAUACAGUUGAUGUAAAUAUUUUUCUCCUCCCAGUCAGCUGAUUUUCUUUUUUUUUUCUUAGGGCAGGCCCUCGUCAGUGUCCACUGCUGCUGCCUUCUGUCGAUAUGUUGUGUGAUUUUCUGUCUCAACACUAACUCACAGGACUCUGAAUGCAUUCACAUCGUUUGUUUUACUAAACCUCUUUCAUCACAAUUCAUUCUUCAUGCUCGUCUCUCAACCAAAGCACUAAAUAGGUGGGUUUUGACUUUUUCUUUUCCAGCAACCCACUGUUAGAAAAUAACGAUCACAGGACCAUGAAGUUAUAAAGCAGAAGUGCAUCAUGGUACUCUACGUCGUCUCUGCUCCUGUCUUUGAGAAACACUAAAGCUGACCAUCACGUGCCUCCGUAUUGAUUUUUAAAAUAUAAACUGGAUUGAUGGACUGACGGUUGGAGAGCAGAACAGCUCUCCAUCACAUACAAUGAUUUUGUAACCCGCUGUACUUUUUUGUUUUGUGUCUAGGAAAAGAUCUCUGAAUGUAGUUAUGGACUUAAUGGUGACCACUGGCCUUCUGCACUGGUUUUGUGUUUUCGUUGUGAGAGAAUUUUAUUUUUGUGUACAUCGUUGCUCUGUGAGGUUGGGUACAGGGGAAGAGGGUGAUAAAUAAAGAAUGUAAAGAACAAAACAUGUUGGACAUGCACA